AUGGCAUGCGAUCAGAAAGCUGCCAGUCGAGCUGUUGCGCGAAUCAUCCCAGCAUUUCUAGGCGGGCUUAUUGUCUAUUGCUGCUAUUCUGUUACAAAGGCGUUAUGCAUUGAUUAUCUGAUUAACCCGAGUGCCGAGACCGGGUUGAAGCCGCGCACCAGCACCGCUAUUGGGAUAUUGGUUACCUUCUAUGUCUUACUCUUCUUCUUGGCUAUCACAUAUCUACGACUACUCCUCACGAUAAUCUUUUCGCCCGGCUACCUCCCGAGAGGCCCGCAAUACUCGAGCUCAGAAAACAAGAAGAAGCGUAAGGGGAAGGGCAAGCAUGGUCGAGCCGAGAGUAGCCAUGAGAAGCCAGAGGACAUACCUUUUCCGCCCAUCGGUGAUCCCAAUGCGAAUGGCGAGAAGAAUGCCCAGAACUACGAUCCGACUGGCCUGGAGGCAUUCUAUAUGAAGGACGUAUUUACCGACCGCGCGCAUCAUUGCAGCGAAGUUGACCGAUGCGUGAGAAAGAUGGACCAUUUCUGUCCCUGGGUUGGCGGUGUUGUUAGCGAGACUUCGUUCAAGUUUUUUAUUCAAUUUUUAUUUUAUGCGUUGCUCUUUGCCAUUUUUAAUGGGGUUAUAAUGGCAAUUUUUGUGGCCGAACUCCAAAGAGAGUUUGGUUCUUUGAAUAUCCACUUCAUCGUUAUCCUGGCGUCAUCCAGCUUCUUUGGGCUUUUUCUGGGGGGAAUGCUUAUUAGCUCCCUCCAGAUGGCACUCUGCAAUUCCUCGACAAUCGAAAGUCUCGAUUGGAACACAAAAGUCUGGACCCUCGCGAUUUUGAUCCCUAGGCCAUUCGACCUUGACAAUCUCCCAGCAGGCAGUCGCCCGCCAUUUCCUAUCGUCUCUUACCCUACAACGGCCGCCCGGUCUCCAGACGAACCCACUACGAACGGUUCAGCGGCUCCACGCCGUCAAUUCGCCAUCUUACACACACGACCAGGCGAGAACCCAUUCGACCUUGGAGAUCCGUUUGACAAUUUAGAGGAAGUCAUGGGCCAUGGCAUACUUGACUGGAUUCUACCCAUAAAGCAUAGCCCAUGCGCGUUUCACGACCGCCAGGACAGCAUGUAUGCUCUUGGUUCAGUUGUCCAGAGGAUGAAAAGGGACGCAGGCUUAUUGGAAGCCCCCACUCCGGCUCCACCCCGUCUUCUCGCUCCACGCAUAGCAGGCCACGACGCGAAAGAACCAACACUAACCGAAGACAUACAAAGGGUCCUAAACAUCGUCGCCAUUCUCGCGAUAGAGCUAAAUUGUCUCGGAAGCAAGGUUUCACCGUCAAAGAUACCGAAGGAAUCUAACGCCUGCUUAGUUACCACGUAUUAG